AUGAUCACGUUGGAUGCUGAAGAAGACGACAGCUUUCACGUCACAUUUGAAGGCUACACCCAUCUGAGUGACUCAGAAUGGGAGGUAGUCGGCCGCAUGAGUGCGCUUAUGGGCGAACCCGCUAUUAGUGGCAUGUUGGAUUCUUUUGACGGAUACCAACAGCUUGCCGCUAUCAACAAGUUCCUACAAAGUCAACUUGCUGUCAAAAGGCAGAAGAUAGCAUUGAUACAGCAGCAAGGCUCUCAUCAGUCGACGGGCGGGCCGACGCGCAUGCGUCGACCCGAAACCUUGAAGAUAGAUAUCUCAAGGUAUAAGGGAACCGACGAAGAUUCCCGUCAGAGUUAG